GUCAUCCUUCUCUCUCUUUUGUCUGUCCCUUUAUCAGUUUAAAUCCCUGGGUUAAAUCUUCUUCUCCAGUAACGCUAUUCUAUGAAAAAAAAACCCCCCAAAUUGCAAUAAGUUCCAGUUUAUAUAACAUAACCGAGCAAAAAAAAAAAAGAGGGUGAUAAUGUGUCAAACUUUGAAUUGACCAAUACCAUUCCAUAAGUUAGAUUAGAUCCGAUGAAGAAGCUGAGAAGCUAUUACACGAACGUGAGGCAUCACCAGAAACACCAUCAUCACCCUGAGAGGACGAGAUCAUGGUCCUCCUGGAUUCUCUUCCCUAUACUCAUCAUCGCUUCACUCUUCUUCCUACUCUUCCUCCUCACAACCGGACCCGCCCGUCUCCUCUCUUUCACCCGACCCGUUCUCCUAACCGGAUCUGGAUCAUCCCUCUCCUUCGUCGAGUCCAAGAUCAAACCCAAACCCGUCUCCUCCUCCCUCCUCCUCCCUUCCCCGCCUCGACUCGCCUACUUGAUCUCCGGAUCCGCCGGCGACGGGAAGUCUCUCCGGCGAACUCUUCUCGCUCUUUACCAUCCGACCAACCGCUACGUCGUCCAUCUCGACAGAGCUUCUUCCCCCGAGGAGAGAGAGGAUCUCCACGGCUACAUCCGAGACUCCUCCUUGUUCCGGAGGUUUCGGAACGUUCAUGUGAUCGAGAAGGCUAAUCUCGUCACGUACCGUGGGCCGACGAUGGUGGCGAACACGCUUCACGCGGCGGCGAUUUUGCUUAGGGAAGGAGCUGAGUGGGAUUGGUUUAUCAAUCUCAGUGCGUCGGAUUAUCCUCUAAUGACUCAAGAUGAUUUGUUGCAUACAUUCUCGAAUUUGCCGCGGGAUUUGAACUUCAUUGAUCAUACUAGUAACAUUGGAUGGAAAGCAUCACAGAGAGCUAAACCGGUGAUUAUAGAUCCUGGGUUGUAUUUGAACAAGAAGUCUGAUGUCUUUUGGAUUACGCAAAGAAGAAGCAUCCCAACAGCAUUCAAGCUCUUCACAGGCUCUGCUUGGAUGGCGUUAUCUCGACCAUUCAUAGACUAUUGUAUAUGGGGUUGGGAUAAUCUACCUCGUACCGUCUUGAUGUACUACUCCAAUUUCCUCUCUUCUCCGGAAGGAUAUUUCCACACAGUUCUCUGCAACGCCGAGGAAUUCAAAAACACUACAGUAAACAGCGACCUACACUUCAUAACGUGGGACAAUCCCCCAAAGCAGCACCCACACCAUCUCACUCUUGCAGACAUGGACAGAAUGGUCAAUAGCAAUGCCCCCUUUGCUAGAAAGUUCAGAAGAGAAGAUCCUGUUCUUGACACCAUUGAUGAGGAGCUUCUCAACAGAGGUCAUGGUAUGCCUACACCUGGUGGUUGGUGCAUCGGAAGCCAUGAAAAUGGGACUGACCCUUGUGCUGUUAUUGGUGAUACCGAUGUCCUCAGGCCUGGUCUAGGCGCUAGACGGCUGGAGACUCUGGUCACUUCCCUGUUAUCUACUGAAAAUUUUCGACCAAAGCAGUGCAAGUAAAUCUUUAUAGUGAAACCACGUUGCAGAACAACAUCAAAGAUAUCGGAUCUAGCAGCCUUCUUUGUUGGGAUUAGAUGUGAUUCAGGAUCUGAUUGUAUCCCACUAAUAGUCAAGAGUAUAAGUGACGAAACUGAACAGUGUAGGCUUUGGCUCUUGGAAGCAUACAUGCCAUCACAGCCACAGGUUUAUGUAUUGUUGUAGUACUCUGUUAGUUACUCUCUUUCAACUUAUAAAUUCACCAAAUUGGAACU